UUCAGUUCCACUUCUUCACUCAUCACUUCCUUGUUUGUCUUCCUCUCCUCAGACUGACAAUGGCUGAAGCCCAGCUGUGUGGAUUACGUGACGAGAUCACCUGCUCGGUGUGUCUGGACACCCUGACUGACCCCGUGUCACUGCAUUGUGGUCACAGUUUCUGUCUGAAGUGCCUCACGGACUACUGGGAUCAGAGCCAAGUGAGCAGCUGUCCUCAGUGCAGAGAGGCCUUCACCACGAGGCCUGCACUGCACAUAAACACCGUGCUGAAUGAAGUCAUUAAGAAACUAAAGAAGGCAGGACUCAUUUCUCGUCCGCUUUCAUUUCAAAAUUAUGCCGGCCCUGGAGCCGUGGAGUGUGACUUCUGUACUGAGAAGAAGUUCAGAGCGUUGAAGUCCUGUCUGACCUGCAUGGCCUCUUUCUGUCAGACUCACCUGCAGCCUCACUAUGAAGUAGCGGCCUGGAAGGAUCACAAGCUGGUUGAUCCUGAUAGAAAUCUGAAGGAGAAGCUCUGUGGAAAACAUCACAAAAGUCUGGAGAUAUUCUGUAAAACUGAUGAGACGUACAUCUGCAUGAUGUGUGUGGUGACUGGACAUAAAAAUCAUGAAAUGGUCGAGCUGGAGACUGAAAGAGAACAAAAACAGAAACAGCUGGGGGCGACACUGAGUGACAUCAAGAGGAGACUUGAGGAGAGAGAGAAGACACUGAAGGAGACGAGGAGGGCGAUGAACGAGAUGAAGAUCUCUGUGGAAAAAGAAGUGCAGGAACAUGAGAAGAGCUUCACUAAUCUGAUUCACUGCAUCAAGCAAACCUGCAGCAAAGUCACUGAGAGGAUCAGAGAACAAGAAAAGAGAGAAACGGAGAAGGCUGAAGGAGUCAUUGAGCGACUGGAGAAGCAGAUCGAGGAGCUGAGGAGGAGAGAAGCUGAGCUGAAGGAACUUUCAGAGACCAAGGACCAUCUCCACUUCCUACAGACUUUCUCGUCUCACUCUGUCCUGAAUGAUGAUGGAGACUCGCUGAGCUUCACUGUCGCUGCUGACUUCUCUUCUGAGGACCUGAGAAAUGAGCUCUACAGUCUGAAGAAGAGUCUGGAGAAGAUCAGCCAGUGGGACUUCAUGACAAGGACUCCAUCAGGUCAUGCAGCUCCAGUCUUCGCCCUCCAGACUCCUGAACCUCGGAGCAGAGAGGAGUUUUUACAAUAUUCCUGUCCACUCACACUGGACAUCAAGAUGGCACACAGGUGUCUCUUUCUGUCUGAAGAGAACAAGCAGGUGACACGUCACUGGAAAAUGAACACAUACCCCAAUCGUUCUCAGAGGUUUGACUGCUGGGAGCAAGUUCUGUGUAGUGAGGCUCUGAAUGGGAAUCGCUUUUACUGGGAGGUGGAGUGGACUGGAAAAAGUAUGGCAAUUGGAGUGGCAUCUGAAGGACUGAGCAGGAAAGGACCGGGCAGGGAGUGCGGCCUUGGAUACAACGACAAGUCCUGGAGUUUGUACCGUUCUGAUUCCCAGUAUUUUGUGUGUCACAAUAACAAGGAGACUCUAAUCCGUGCACCACACAACCCCAGGAUAGGUGUGUGUCUGGACUGGCCUGCUGGCUCUCUGUCAUUUUAUAGCGUCUCUCCCACAAUGACCCUCCUGCACAGGUUCAACACCUCCUUCACUGAGCCUCUCUAUCCAGGGUUUUGGGUUUAUCUAAACUCCAGUGUAACAAUCUGCCAACUCAGGCCUUGUGACAAGUGACCAGCAUCAUCUGCUAGUUACUUAAUGUCUCCAAAAGUGGAGGUCCUCUUUUGUGGUUGUAGCUUGGGAUCAAAAUGAAUUCUGCAAGAUGGACGUUUGGAAGGGUUUGACGGGAAUGGGGUUUGGCACCUUUGAGUCUGAAAUUAUGUUUGAGCUCUCGGGUGUUCUCCUGGUUUAGUUUGCAUUUAUCAAACUGAUUCCAGUAUGUAGAGUAAGGUGCUGACAGGACUCAUUAUGUCAUUAUACUCAACAGUUAAAUAUGGUGUCCUGCAGAGUCCAAUCAUUGUUCUCACUUUAUGUCACAUUGAUUUCCACAUGUGUGCUGAUGACACCCAGCUAGGCCUUAGUUGUAGACCAAGUGACAUACUGUGUCUCUCAUGGGAUCCUGAAUUAAUUAAAAGAGUGGAUGGAUGAGAAUGACUUGUCUCUUAAUAUUGAAAAAUCAAGAGGAAAUGUUGCAGACCUCAACAAUAUUUUAUAAGUGUCUCACUCAAUCAGAAGGCACCUCAGUUUUUAUCUCUGAAGAAUAUCUGCUCACUUUGUGUUGCGUGUGUGUACAUAUGUGGAUAUACGGUGUGUCUCCAUUCAGGGUUUGUGUUCUGCUCUCAGCCGUAAAUCCUCUCACUAGAAAAAUAUAUUUUGAUGUUUAGCGAUCUGUGGUGGGUUGGCGCCCUGCCCGGGGUUUGUUUCCUGCCUUGCGCCCUGUGUUGGCUGAGAUUGGCUCCAGCAGACCCCCAUGACUCUGUAGUUAGGAUAUAGUGGGUUGGAUAAUAGAUGGAUGUUUAGCGAUACGACGAAUAAACUGGCUCUAUGUAUGUUAACUCUGUUAUGUUCUUGUCAGCUCGAACCCAAUCUGCAUCUUUAUAAGUAUUUCUUAAGUAAAUCAAACCCAUCCAAUAUUCCCACAGCCCGUCUUUAGCGUUGAGUGAAGGUGAUGUGACUUGUGUCCUGAUUUUGUUAAUGGAGGAUCUUGGAGUUUGAAGACAGGCUGUUACUGUUAGGACUUCAAUAAGCAACAAAACUGAGAAUAUGGUGACUAAGGGUCACCAAAAAGUCACCAGAUGUGACCCGACUCUUAUCUGGCAUGAACUAAGCAGUUUGGGAUUGAUUUGCGACGUAGCUAAGAGAAGGGGAGACGACUUUCAAGCGAACGAGAGAGUUCACUGUGCUAAUUGGGCAUUCAGGACAUCAACUAAAGUUCUGGUUCAGCAUUCAUGCUAAUAUAAAGACCUCCUUUUGUUAAAUUACAAUGUUUUUCUUCCAGAGACACCACUAUGUCUUUCAAAACACAUCUUAUAAAACUACCUAACACCUGUUUUUUUGUUUGCUUUUCUUUUUUUAAUCUUGAAAAUACUGUAAAACUAAGAAAUUAUACAAAUAUGCAGGGUACUGAAAAAUAAAGAUGUACCUACGUUUAGUAGGAUUGACUGCU